AUGUCAGUAAGAAAUCAUCGCUCACCUUCUUGGUUGAAAAAAGCAAAGUUUGGCAUUUUUAUCCAUUGGGGACUUUACUCUGUACCUGCAUGGGCACCAAUGGGAGAAUCUUACGCAGAAUGGUAUUGGUGGAACUACAAUCAAAAAAAUAGCUCAACAUUUGACUAUCAUCAUCAACACUUUGGCGAACAAUUCGAAUACGAUCAAUUUUUAAACCUUUGGAAGCCAACUAACUUUAACCCCGAUUUAUGGCUGGAAUUGAUUGAUAAAUCUGGAGCACGAUAUUAUGUUUUUACAGCAAAACAUCAUGAUGGUAUUGCAUUAUUUGACACAGGUGUCACAAAGCGCAGCACCGUGCAUCUGUUAAAUGUCUCUUACGAUUUUGUCAAUGAGCUUAUGCGCAAAUCAAAGGCUGAUUAUCCUCAUUUGAAACGUGGCCUAUACUUUUCUCUACCAGAAUGGUAUCACCCAAGCUAUAGAGAUGAGUCUCUCGGUUGGCAUGGUCCACCACGUAACCCAUAUACAGGCGCCGUGACCAAUUACUCUGGAAGCAAAACCAUCAAUGAUUUUGUGAACGAACUGCAGGUUCCUCAGCUAAUGGAACUAACCGAAAUGCACGAUCCAGAUAUCUUAUGGUGCGAUAUUGGCGGUAUACAUAACUCAUCUGUAUGGCAAGCGCAAUAUUUCAAUCAGGCUAUGGCCAAAAAUAAGCAAGUGGCCGUAAAUGAUCGAUGUGGUGAUGGUAGUGCGUCCGAUUUCACUACUAUCGAAUACAAAAGCAUAAUAGACAUGCCAACGCGGUUUUGGGAAGCCACUCGUGGUAUGGACCCUUACUCCUUUGGUUAUAACCGUGCAACAAAGCCUGAAGAGUAUGCGAGCUCUGAAGAGUUGAUUCAAACAUUGAUAGAUACGGUAGCAUACGGUGGUAAUUUUCUCCUUAACAUCGGACCAGACGAUUCAGGUACAGUGCCAGAUGUUAUGGUGGGUCGCCUUGUAGAUAUAGGUAAUUGGCUACACAUGGUUGAUUCGGCAAUAUUCAAUACAAUUCCUUAUUGGAUAAGAGCAAAGGAGGACGAACAUCUACGAUUUACGGCAAGCGAAGAUGGAACUACGGUAUAUGUAUUUUACCUUCGCAGCACGAACGAUGUACAACAACGACAACAAGUAAUUAAAAUUAGGACGCCUUUACCCAUCAUAAGUAAAGGCGGCGCAACAAUUCGUCUUUUAAAUGACAGAAACGUAACCAUAUAUUGGAACUAUAGCACGAAAGGCGAUCUUGAAUUGCAUUAUACUAACUCUAAUUUAGUUAACACAACGUAUGCAUUGAUAUUUGAAGUGAAAUAUUUUUAG